AUGGAGCAGAAAGGAGAUCAGCUGGACGCAGAAACUAUCACCUGUUCUGUCUGUUUGGAUCUACUGAAGGAUCCAGUGGCUCUUACCUGUGGACACAGCUACUGUAUGAGCUGUAUUAAAACCCACUGGGAUGAAGAGGAUCAGAAAGGGAUCCACAGCUGCCCUCAGUGCAGGCUGACCUUCAUACCAAGACCUGUCCUGAAGAAAAACAUCAUGUUAUCUGUCCUGGUAGAGCAGCUGAAGAAGACUGGACUCCAAGCUGCUCCUGCUGAUCACUGCUAUGCUGGACCUGAACAUGUGGCCUGUGAUGUCUGCUCUGGAAGAAAACUGAAAGCCAUCAAGUCCUGUUUGAUGUGUUUGGUCUCUUACUGUGAGAAACACCUUCAGCCUCAUUAUGAGUCAGCUCCAUUUCAGAAACACAAGCUGGUGGAGCCCUCCAAGAACCUUCAGGAGAACAUCUGCCCUCGUCAUGAUGAGGUGAUGAAGAUGUUCUGCCGUACUGAUCAGAAGUGUAUCUGUUAUCUCUGCUCUGUGGAGGAAGACGUGACAGCAGCUAUGGAGGAGCUCAGAGACAAACUGCAGGACACCCUGAGAGACACGUGGACAAACGUCUCACUGACUGUCUCUGAGGUGGACGUUUUACUGUCAGAACCAGGACCAGAACCAGAGAGCAGAGCUGGAUUCUUCAAAUAUUCAUGUGACAUCACACUGGAUCCAAACACGGCACACACACGAUUGUUACUGUCAGAGAGGAACAGAAAAGUUGUGGCAAUGAAAACACCUCAGUUUUAUUCUGAUCAUCCAGACAGAUUCAUUGAUUAUUCUCAGGUUCUGAGCAGAGAGAAUCUGACUGGUCGUUGUUACUGGGAGGUGGAGUGGAGAGGAGCAGGAGCUUCUGUAGCAGUCGCAUACAAGAACAUCAGCAGAACAGGACAUCAAUCUACAUUUGGAUGGAAUGACAACUCCAUCUCAGGUCUUGGUUCCUCCAGGAUCGGAGUGUACCUGGACCACAGAGCAGGUGUUCUGUCCUUCUACAGAGUCUCUGAAACCAGGACUCUCCUCCACAGAGUCCAGACCACGUUCACUCAACCGCUCCACGCUGGACUUAGUGUUUUCUGCAAUGGAGACUCUGCUGAGUUUUGUCAACUGAAAUAA